AUGGGCAGUGAGAUGCGGAUAACCGUUAUACCAGUCGACAUCGAAUCUGCAAAAUUGCAUGGGAAACAUGGUCUACGUAGCGAAAAAAAAAAUGCUACUAAUCUCAGCCACCAACGGUCAAUAGUGCAGGAGACGAUGGUGGAAUUCUGCAUCAAGUCCAACAAAUCUGGUGAUACUCUUGACCUUUUGCAUGUGUACUGGGCAAAUAUAGGCGAUCAAUCCACCACCAAUCAUCCACCCUUUGGAGACAAUUACGAUCUUGCCUUGUCAUACGCACCUAACUACCUCCUAGAUUUAAAAAUCACUUCCAUCGCCCUGCCACGGUAG